AUGGAGAAGAAAACAAUUCUAGAAGAACUUUUAAAGAAAUCACAGCAGAAGAAAAAAAUAUCACCAAUUAAUUACAAGAAAAGGUUGUUUGUUCUGAUGAUAAACCUUUCUUACUAUGAAUAUGACAAAGGGAUUGUGUACAAAGGUGGACUUCUCUAUGCCUAUGCCACUAAUGAAGAGAGCAGGUGGCUUGAAACUUUGCAUAAAAAGAUUAAAGACAAUUCUGAUUUACUGAACAAGUACCAUAACAGAUUCUUCAGCAAUGGCAAAUUUCUCUCUUGCCACCAGACCUGUAAAACAGCCCCUGGACGUACGAUCUGGGAGAAAUAUGUGACUCUCUGUUGUACAACUGGGUCUGUGAAACCACUGCCUCCAGUCCCUCAAAUGCUGUGGAAGCAUAGAAGCCUGCCUCAAGUGACAUCACCAGACAAGUCAGUCCUGAAUAUGGCUGUAGCCCAGUGCAACUGGGAACCCAGAAAUUCAGCUGUCCAGCUUGUCAGAAGCAAUAAAUACUAUGUAUUGCAAGAGGAAGAUUCUGGCUCACGGAAUGUAAGGGAUUUGGAAAAGGAAAACUCCAGUGUCAGUGAACAAGCACUGGCAGAAGAGCAUACUAUUGCUAAGCAUGAUUGGUAUGUUGAUAGUAUCUCCCGUGCCCAGUCUGAGCAGCUGCUCCAUCAGAAGAUCGGAAAAGAAGGUGCUUUUAUGGUUCGGAAAUCUAGCCAAGCAAGCGUGUAUACUGUGUCUGUAUUCAGCAAGGUUCCGGAAAGUAAAAAGGGAACAGUCAAACAUUACCAUGUGCAUAAAACUCCUGAGAAUAAGUAUUACCUCACUGAAAAUUACUGUUUUGGAUCAAUUCCUGAGCUUAUACACUACCAUCAGCACAACUCAGCUGGUAUUGUGGCAAGGCUCUGGCAUGCAGUGUCUACUCGAGUAAACAAAGUCCCAGCCACAGCUUCAUUAGGAAAUGGAAUCUGGGAGCUGAAACAAGAAGAAAUUGUCCUGUUGAGAGAGCUAGGGAGUGGACAGUUUGGAGUGGUGCAUCUGGGAAAGUGGAAGGGAAAAUAUGAUGUGGCCAUAAAGAUGAUUAAGGAGGGAGCAAUGUCAGAAGAUGAAUUCAUAGAAGAAGCUCAGACCAUGAUGAAACUUAAGCAUCCCAAACUUGUUAGACUGUAUGGUGUAUGCUCAAAAUCGUACCCCAUCUAUGUGGUGACGGAAUACAUGCCUAAUGGCUGUUUGCUUAUCUACCUAAGGAGUCAUGGGAAGGAACUACAACCCCUUCAGCUUCUGGAAAUAUGUUAUGAUGUUUGUGGUGCUAUGGCAUUUCUGGAGAGCUGCCGGUUCACACACAGAGAUUUGGCUGCUAGGAACUGUUUGGUUGACAGCAGCCUUACUGUGAAAGUAUCUGACUUCGGGAUGACUAGGUAUGUUCUGGAUGACCAGUAUAUAAGUUCACUAGGAACCAAGUUUCCAGUAAAGUGGUCAGCACCAGAAGUUAUUCAUUACACCAAAUUUAGCAGCAAGACAGAUGUAUGGGCCUUUGGUAUCUUAAUGUGGGAGGUGUUCACUUUGGGAAAGCAGCCCUACAAGCUUUAUGAUAACAUGCAAGUGACUGAGAAAGUUUCUCAAGGAUACAGACUUUAUAGACCACAACUGGUUUCAGAUAUCAUCUACCAGAUAAUGUACAACUGCUGGCAUGAGCUACCAGAAAAGCGCCCUGCUUUUUAUCAGCUCUUAUCUUUUUUUGAGGCACUGAGAGAAGACAAUAGAGCUUGAAAAAGAAGACUCUGCUUACUGGUUCCAUAUCACCUGUCUUCUGUAUGAAAGCUAAAUCUGAAAUCUGCCUGACAUUAGCUACCCCUAUUAUUCUGUAUGUUGGUGUUCUUCUCAUUUAAUCAGCAUAUUGAAAAAAGAAGCAUUUAGAGAAAGCUUUUGUGACACUCUGUAGGUGACAGAAUUUGCAAGGAUACUUAGGUAGAAUAUAAUUCAUUUUGUUAGCAUUGUCUCAAAAGACUUCUCAGACACUGAGAUGUAUAUUCCAUUUGUGUACACUCCUUCAGUGCUUCAAGCAGUCAUUGUUUGGCCUUAACUGGAAAUGUAAACAAGGAAAUAUAUGCUCGUUAGGUUUUCUGAUUAUCAUAACUCACUUGAAUGUUUUUUUUUCCUGUAAUCACUUGAAACUGAUGCCUGAAAUAAGUCAAAUUUAGAACUGCUGCAAGUGACAGAAACACAGAUAGUUAUAGUCUUACUUUCAAUUACUUAGAAAUUAUUACUGGUAAAAUAUUAUAUGUUUGCUUACCAGCACUAUUGACUUAAGUUUCAGUCCUCAAGGUGUACGUAUGAUUUGGAAUUUAUUCUAAGCUACAUAUCUAAGAUAUCUGC